AUGUCUACGCUUCACGAUUCCGUCGAAAAAGCCGCUGUGAACCGCGCUGUGGCCGAUCAAAUCGCCACGGAGCAACUGGAGGACAAGCUCGCGCAAACGGGAGAAUCCAGUGAGGCCAGUGCUCCGAAACCAGUCAUGGGCAUGAAGAAGCUGGGAGCGAAGAAGCCGAGGAACAAAAACGGAACGGAGGUGGACAUCGAGACGAAUGUGCGCAGAGUUGGUGAGUUGAAAAGAGGACAUUCUCGCAUCUCCACUCGCAAAAUAUGAAAUGUUCAGCGAUCGACCGGAAUCAGCCGAUCUACAAGUACGCGGUCAUCAUCGAGAUCUUGCUCAAGUUGGCGGACAACACUGUCAAACCGAUCGAGGUGUCGAAAUCGAGGCGUAUGGGAACGGAGCACGAGCAGAACAAGGCGAUGUGCGCGAAAGUGUACCGGUUGGCGACGGCGAGGAUCCCGCAGUUCGGUGCCGGCGGACAGUUCUUCUACGACCGCCAAGCGUGUCUCUACUCGCUCGUGCUGCUCCAGGACGUCGAGAAGAUUCGUUUCACGGUGACGGAGGGGGUCUCGGAGCGUCCGAACUUUGUGGAAGCGAGAUUCCGCAUCGAAAAGGUGAAGGAGAGCUUCCAGAGCUCGACGAACGACGUCCGACGCACGUUCAACGCGAGCCCGGCGCUCGUGGACCGGACCCUUCUCGAGGCGCUCAAUGUCAUCGCUUCCGAAGCCGUCGCCCAGAAGUGAGUGAAAUUUGGGCCCGAACACACUUAAAGCUAAAGGGGGACGACUGUUAAUGCUCACAAUUUUGCAGCGCGAACGUGAUUCCGGUCGGCAAGUCGUUCCACUAUCUGUUGAAUGCGGCGAACGUGAAGUGAGUUUCUCUUGGUCCCUCAAAGUUGCUAACCACUUUUUGACAGCAUUCGAUUGCCGCAAAACGGACGGGACGGUCGGUACGGCGCCGUCGGAAUCAGCAAGGCGGUGAAACCGAUUCAGGGAGGCGAGAAGAUCGACGGAUCCGAGGCGGUCCUGGCCAUCUCGAACGAGUGUGAGUGACGUUUGACUUCCAGGGCCUAUAUCUCGGGAACCGAUACUUGUUUCGAAAAUUUGUCAACAGCAAAAUUGUAGCAAAUUUCUAGCUCUACAACUUUAUAGUUGACUAUUUUUUGUCAAAAUGUGUCAUUCUCAAGUUGUGAACCAUUUCCUAUAAAUCCCCUUUUUUUACAGUGAAAACGACGCUGUUCCACCCGAGAGACUCGACACUUGUUGACGUGUUCAGGACGUUCGCAGGCUUCCGUGACAACCUAGACGCCAAUUCGGAUCUCGCCCGAAAGAUUCUUCAGUCACUUCGAUACGUCGACGUGUACUGCGCGUACGGACGAAAUGCCAACAGCGUCGACGAGCGUGUCAUUGUGAAAGUUCGUACGUUUGGUGCAUCGGCCAACAACAUCCGGAUCCCGGAGAAGGGCAUGAAUGUGACCGAAUAUUUCCGCAACACUUAUGCAAUCACUCUGCGCUAUCCGUCCCUGAUGACUGUCGAGGUUCGUGGUCGCGACGGAAAGAAGAACUACUUCCCGGCCGAGCUGUUGCGCAUCUGUCCGAAUCAGCCGGUGCGCACCGAGCAGAUGAUCGACAGGGAGCAGGCGGACAUGAUCAGACUGUCGGCGGCGAAACCGCAAGUCCGAUACGACAACACGAACCAGGUGAUCGCCGAGACGGGCAUCGCGAACCACGACUUUCUGAGGCUCUCGCCGCCCGAACGCGUCAAGGGCAUUCUGCUGUUGAAGCCGACGAUCAUGUUCGGCGAGAACCGCGUCGUGCACUGGAGGGUCGGCGGCAGGGGACCGGCGACCGACUUUCAGGCCACCGGAAAGUUCUUCCGACCGAUGAAGUUGUCGAAUUGGGAGGCGGUUUUUGUGGCCGGAGAGGAAAAUCAGUGAGUUUUUGUGUGUUUGUGUGUGAACACAAAAAUGUGCGAUGCAGGUGCGCGGUCACGAUUCUCACGAAGGCGAUGCAAAAUAUGGGCAUGACGGUCGAGCCGCACGCCACGUCGACGAUCCGAACCGCUGCGGAUCUCGACGGCGUCUUCCAUAGGGCCAAACAGAACGGACGACAGUUCUUGCUCUUCAUCACCAAGUCGAGAUACGACUUCCACCAGGAAAUCAAGGCGCUCGAGCGGAAAUACGAAAUUGUGACGCAAGACAUUCGAAGCGAGACGGCCGAUAGACUGGAGAACAACUCGCAGACGAAGCAGAACAUUAUCAAUAAGGUUGGAAAGUGCCUCUCCAGUGCUGACAAUAUGGGCGCGCGGCCUCGGCGGCCAAAUGGCGUUUUCAUGUAUUGAGAGCAGGUUUUCUCUGAUUUUUGUGGUCAAAGGCGAUGAAAAAUGAUUUUUCGACAUGAAAACACAUUAAUUCUCACAGAAUUAAUGACGUUUUGGCGCAUUUUUCGCGGACUUUGCUUUUUCGCCUUCUCAUUUUGCGCUUUCUUGACCGUUUUCAGACAGAAUUGGUUUUGAGAAUGAUAAAUCACGUAAAUACAAGCAUUUUGAGCGCUCGAGCCGCUAAAACUACCGAAAAGCAACUGAAAUUCUCGCAGUUUUAGCCAAAAACCUUCAAACGGAUAAAUGUGAUUUGCGACUUGACCAAAUUUAACGCUCUUUCGCUUAAAAAAUUCGUAAUAGCCUAUACAAUCGGUAUAUCGAGAGAAAAAUUAGUAAUUAUCGAUUUUUCGUGGCUAAUCUGGCAAAAAACACAAAUUUCGCGCCAAUGUAUCGCUCAUUGGGCGGGGCGCACUUGCGCGCCCAUUGUCAGCUCUGGAGACCGUGGCGCCUAUAAUAGAAUUUGCAAACCUUUUUUUUUCUUGUUCAGACUAACAUCAAGCUAAGCGGACUCAACUAUGAGAUCCAGAACAAUGAGCUCAAGGAUCCGACGAACCUUUUCAUUGGCUUUGAGACGUCUUCGUCGGCCGGAGAAGUGAAUUUUCAACGCUUUUUUUUUGUUUGAAUUUUUAUACCAUUUUCCAGUUUGUCUCUGUCGGAUUUGCGGCCAACAUGUUAGCGCACCCUCAGCAAUUUGCCGGCGGUUUCAAAUUUGUGAAAAAGUCUGGAGAGGUACGCCGUUUUCAAUGCGAACAAACAUUUGAAUGCGAAAUUCAAAAGUUUUGCUGGAUUUUACGCGAUUUUUCGGGAUUUUAAGGAGAACAAGUUCAGAACCAUGAGACGUUUCGCAACCCUACAAAAAUACGAUUCUUUGCAUCAUAGCCUCAGGAGCUCUAACUUUAACAAACUGUAGCUACAACAACGCUGUUUUUUGUUCAGAUCUACAAGGGAAUCAUCAAAGAAACCAUCCACAAGCUCUUCGUGCUGACCCUGACCAACCGCUCGCGAGUCCACAGGACCCUCGACCCGAACGUGCUUCUCAAGCACGUCUACGUCUACUUCAAUGGCGUCUCGGAGGGUCAGUACGCGCUGAUCAACGAGGUCUACGCCGAGGAAGUGAGCGAAGCGAUCCAGAUGAUCAAGAACUUCAAGCCCAAAUUCUCGAUUAUCGCCUCGUCGAAAUCCCACAACGAACGCUUCUUCCUCUACGACGUGAGCGGCUGAGAACGUGAAAUUUUGAGCCGAAUCAUUUUGCAGAGGAACGUGAUCAACCUGGAGCCGGGAACGGUCAUCGACCACACGAUUGUCUCUCCGGUCCACAACGAGUGGUUCCACGUGGGCGCCGUGGCACGUCAGGGAACGGCCAAAGCGGUCAAGUACUGUCUGAUCGGCUCGUCGGAUCCGGACAUUACGAUGGAGAAACUCGAGACGACGACGCACUAUUUGUGCUUCUUGCACGAGAUUGUGUUCCAGCCGACGAGCCUGCCCGCGCCGCUCUUCAUUGCCGGAGAGAGCAGCCAAAGGGGAACCGAUCUGCUCGCGUUCCAUCAGAGGUAUGUCGGGCUUUGAGGGACCAUCUGUACAAGCACUCGCAAGUGUACUGUAGCUCUACGAACUUGGGACCAUUCGAAAACCCGCCAAAUUGUCAUUUUCCAGAGAGCUCCAUGGCAGUUCGAUCGAGGCGAUCAACGAGAAAUUGGCCUUCUAUGGCCAGGAGCUGCAACUAUUCGGCAGCCGAUUCAACGCCUGA